AUGGCUCCCACGGCGAAGGACGAGGUGCCCAAGGAUGGCCCUCCCAAGCUCUCAGACUUUGGUGACAGGAUCGACCAGUCGACCUUUGAACAGAUCCUAGAAAUGGAUGAUGAUGACGACAGAGACUUCAGCAAAGGCAUUGUCUAUGGCUUUUUUGAGCAGGCAGACGGCACCUUUGAGAAGAUGGAGAAGGCGAUGAGCCAAGGAGACCUCAAAGAGCUGUCUCAAUUAGGCCAUUUCCUCAAGGGCUCAUCAGCCACUCUAGGCCUCACCAAAGUCAAGGAAGCAUGUGAAAAGAUCCAGCAUUACGGUGCCAGAAAGGACGAGACAGGCACCAUCAACGAACCAGACGAGAAAGUCUCUCUGGAAAACAUCAAGAAGACCCUCGCGGACGUGAAGGAGGACUACACCGACGUGGAGACCCUUCUGAGGAGGUUCUACGGGGAAGAUGUCUCCAUCCGAAAGAAGCCUGCUUCCAAGGAGGCCACCACAUCCACAGACGAGUUGACACCCGCAUCCAAAACGGAGAAAGAAGCCUCGAAAUAA